AUGAAGUUCCAAAUGCUAUGGUUCGCUUUGGUACUAAUAGCCGUCGAAACUAAUGCAACGAAGAAAGGAAAGAAAGCAACAGUCCCAGCAUUAAUAGUGUUCGGAGAUUCAAUAAUGGAUACUGGUAAUAACAACAAGCUCCCUACUAUUCUGAAGAGCAACUUCCCUCCUUACGGCAAGGACUUUCCCGGCGGCUUAGCCACCGGAAGAUUUUCUGAUGGAAGAGUUCCUUCUGAUCUACUUGCGGAAAAAUUAGGAUUGGCUAAGACAUUGCCAGCAUAUUUGAGCCCGAAUUUGAACCCUAGAGAUCUUUUAAAAGGUGUAAUUUUUGCAUCUGGAGGAACUGGUUACGAUCCAUUAACGGCAAAAAUUAUGUCGGUGAUAUCGGUGUGGGAUCAACUAACAUAUUUUAAAGAAUAUAUAUCAAAGAUCAAACAACAUUUUGGAGAAGGAAGAGCUCAAAAUAUCUUGGACCAUAGUUGUUUUCUGGUGGUUUCUAGUAGCAAUGAUAUUGCUCACACUUAUUUAGCUCAAUCUCAUAGAUAUGAUCGUACCUCAUAUGCAAAUUUCUUGGCUGACUCAGCAGUCAAAUUUGUAAUAAAACUACACAAACUUGGAGCUAAAAAUAUUGGAGUUUUUAGCGCAGCUCCAAUUGGAUGUGUACCAUUUCAAAGAACGGUGUUUGGAGGUGUAACUAGAGGAUGUGUUACACCUUUAAACGAUAUGGCAAAACAAUUCAACUCAAGACUUUCUCCAGCACUAAAUUCUUUAGAUAAAAAGUUGGAUGGUAUUAUCCUCUAUAUUAAUGUUUAUGAUACUCUUUUCGACAUGAUUCAAAACCCUAAAAAAUACGGUUUUGAGGUAGCUGAUAAAGGAUGUUGUGGUACCGGUGCUCUUGCAGUUUCGUAUAUGUGUAACUCAUUGAAUCCAUUCACAUGUUCUAAUUCUUCGGCCUAUAUAUUUUGGGAUAGCUACCAUCCAACCGAAAGAGCUUAUCAAGUUCUUGUUGAUAAAUUAUUCGACAAAUAUUUAAAACAAGUCUUGUGA